AUGGCCGAGACUUCUUUACUGGACAAAUUACCUGGAGAAAUCCGCAACAAGAUAUGGAAACUGAUCUGCACCCCGCCACCAUGCCCGCCAAACCGAGAGAGGUCCGGGCCGACAACAGGCAUCCUCAGCUGCAGCAAACGCCUCUCGCAAGAAUUCUCCUCAUUCCUCUUCCACCAAAACUCAAAUGGCGAAAUCCCGGAUCUCACCAUCGUCAUCACGACUACGUGUCGAAGAGACGCCUGGCUAUCGUUGGCAGUCGAGCCCGAGUGCACAGUGCCCGAAAAUUGUAUUCACUUCUACGAGCGUAUCGACAAAGCGCGAUGCUUCGACGUAAACGACAUGGACAACCCAGUCUUUGACGUUCUCCGCGAAGCACAACAGAUCAACAUGGUUCACGUCCGCUUCGACGGCCCCUGGUUCGUCAACGAGGCGCCACUGUAUUCGCUGCCGGGGACGCGCAGAGCUCGAUUUGGAGAGGAUCCGAUUUACGAUGUAGAAGCCUUCUGGCGGCAGUGGGAUGUUCCGUUUCUUUGUCACUGGGCUAAAGCACGGGACGUUGCUCGGCUACUCGGGUCGUUUCAGAGGAUCGGAAAGAUGGCGAUACAUUUCAACGAUUGGCGUCGGGAUGGUCGAAGGGACGGCAAAAAGUAUUGGCAUGCAAUACCAUUCUACACCUCUAUCAAGGACUCGGAGCUGAGGACUCCGAUCAGGCUGUGGCGGCUGCUGAUAGAUUGCUUCUUGCAAGGGGAUGGAGACGGAAUGAAUAUGCUGAAUCUGGGUUUCAUUGAAUGCGAGACCCGAUUCGGCAUCAUUAAGUUUCCCACUAAAAAUCAGCCUGAGGGAGAGCUGACCACGGCGAUGGCUUGGCUGAUCGACUCGAGGGGCUUGGGCCGAUCAAGAAACCACAAACUCUUGAAGAAGCCCCCAAGCACCGUGUAA